GAGGGGGAUGCGGACGGGGGAAGAUGGCGGCCUCGAACAACCCGCGGAAAUUCAGCGAGAAGAUCGCGCUGCACAACCAGAAGCAGGCGGAGGAGACGGCGGCCUUCGAGGAGGUCAUGAAGGACCUGAGCCUGACCCGCGCGCACCGGCUACAGCUGCAGAAAACCCAAUAUUUGCAACUGGGGCAGAGUCGUGGCCAGUACUACGGGGGGUCACUGCCAAAUGUGAAUCAGAUUGGGAACAGUGCCAUGGAUCUCCCCUUCCAGCACAACGGAGCUCUGGCUGAAGCCUUUGGAGCAGUUCCUGUCUCUUUGACCCCGUUCCAGUCGUCGGCGCUGGACACGAGCAGGACCACGCGGCACCACGGGCUGGUGGACAGAGUGUACCGGGACCGGAACCGCCUGGGCUCGCCCCACCGCCGCCCGCUCUCCGUGGACAAACACGGCCGGCAGGUGGACAGCUGCCCCUAUGGCACCGUGUACCUGUCGCCGCCGUCGGACACGAGCUGGAGAAGGACAAAUUCUGAUUCUGCCUUGCACCAGAGCACCAUGACUCCAGCUCAGCAGGAAUCCUUUUCAGGAGGGUCGCAGGACAUGCAGCAGAAAAGAGUUUUAUUGCUGACUGUCCCUGGAAUGGAAGAAACCACCUCUGAUGCAGACAAAACUCUCUCUAAGCAAGGCUGGGACACUAAAAAGACUGGGUCAUCGAGACCUAAAUCCUGUGAAGUUCCAGGAAUCAACAUCUUCCCAUCAGCUGACCAGGAGAACACUACAGCCCUGAUUCCUGCCACGCACAACACGGGCGGCUCCCUGCCAGACCUGACCAACAUCCACUUCCCAUCCCCUCUGCCCACGCCUCUGGAUCCCGAGGAAUCCACAUUCCCAGCCCUGAGCAGCUCCAACAGCACCGGGAACCUCGCUGCCAACCUGACCCACCUGGGCAUCAGCACUGCCAGCCAGGCAGGGAUGACGACGACGCCGGCCCCAUCCCAGCACCGCCAGCCCAGUGUCAGCCCCCUGUCCUUGGGAGCGGACUCGCGGCGACCUCAGUCCCAGCAAAUGUCCCCCACGCUGUCCCCGCUCUCACCCAUCACUCAGGCCGUGGCUAUGGAUGCAUUGUCCCUGGAGCAGCAGCUCCCCCCGUACCCCUUUUUCACCCAGACCAGCUCCCAGCAGCAGCAGCAGGCGCCGGUGGCCAGCUCCCUGCCCCAGACCCCCCCUCUGCUGCAGAGCUCGGGGCUGCAGAGGGGCCCCCAGCUGCCCCCUCUGUCCGUCACGGUACCUUCCACCAUCCCCCAGUCACCUCCAGGGAGCCAGAGCCAGCCCUCCAUGGGAAUAGACAUCAACUCGGCCUCACUCCAGCAGUACCGCAGUAAUGCUGGCUCCCCAGCCAACCAGUCUCCCACCUCUCCUGUCUCCAAUCAAGGCUUCUCUCCUGGCAGCUCCCCUCAACAUUCUUCCAUGCUGGGCAGUGUUUUUGGGGACUCCUAUUAUGAGCAGCAGAUGACAGCUAGGCAGGCUAAUGCCCUCUCCCACCAGCUGGAGCAGUUCAACAUGAUCGAGAACGCCAUCAGCUCCAACAGCCUCUACAGCCCCUGCUCCACCCUCAACUACUCGCAGGCUGCCAUGAUGGGACUGACGGGCAGCCACGGCAGCCUGCCGGACACGCAGCAGCUCAACUACUCCAGCCACGGCAACAUCCCCAACAUCAUCCUGACAGUGACAGGAGAAUCCCCCCCCAGCUUAUCAAAAGAACUGACCAGCUCCUUGGCAGGAGUGGGGGACGUCAGCUUCGACACGGAUUCCCAGUUCCCUCUGGAUGAACUCAAAAUUGACCCUUUGACCUUGGAUGGACUGCACAUGCUCAACGACCCCGACAUGGUCCUCACCGACCCCGCCACAGAGGACACGUUCCGGAUGGACCGGCUGUGAUCCGCCGGGAUCUCCCGCGGGAUCCAUCCCGGAGGGUCCAUCCCAGAGGGUCCAUCCCGUCCCGGAGGAUCCGUCCCGUCCCGGAGGAUCCGUCCCGGAGGGAGCAGCUGCUCCGUGUCCCCCUGUACAAUGAGUAACCACAGCUUGUUGUUCUGAGCUUGCCGCGCUGCCGAGCCCCCGUCCCCGUGGCGCCCAGCGAUGUCACCCCCGAGCCGCUCGUUGCCGUCCAGCAGUAAGGAGUUGUCCGGUUUUUCCCGGUUUUCCAUCGGCCUUUUCCUCUGCAGAGCCCCCCUUUCCCCCAGCAAAGCUCGGCGGGGCCCUGCCCGUGUCCCUGCACUAGAGAAGGGCUGCGGGAUGAGGAGGGAAGGGCAGGAGAUGCCGGCAAACACCGAAAUCCGGCGCCGGAGGGGCCCAGCCCCCUCCUCUCUCCCGGAUUGGGAAGUGAAUCCCUGCAUUGCCACCUUUCCCUGGAAUUGUGACUCUGCUUUGUGACACUGUCAUCCCUCCAGGUGCCGUGCUUGUCCCCAGGUGUGUCCCCAACCUCUUGUCCCUCCCUUCUGCCCCAGCCAUCCCGGCAAAGCGGAGCCGCCGCCGGCCACCAAUCCCAAAAAUCCACUUUAAACACUAUUUUUUUCCAAGCUUUUUAUGUUUUGGGUUUUUUUUGUUUUGCUUUGUUUUGUUUGUUUUUUUAAAAUAUAUAUGUAAUAUAUAUCUAUUUCUAUAUAUGGCUACAUAUAUAGAGAGCAUUUCUGAGCACACAUGAAAGUUCUAUAAUUCAUUACUUGAUUAGACAGAGGAUCAGAACAUCUUAAAGCAGCUAAAAAAAAAGUAGAGACUAACCUGCAUAAUCCUAAUUUUUACUUUGUGAGAGAUUCCUGGGCAACAGGAAGGGCAUUUCCAUAGCAAUGCCAGGCUAGUAGAAUCAUGAUUUUUUAAAUUUUUAUUCUUAUUCAUUACUUAUUCUGUUACUUAUUUAUGAUUUCAUUUUUGGUUAUUGUCGUUGUAAUUUCUUUUUUUUUUUUUUUAUUUAAAUAUUUGGAUAUUAGGAAAGUAGCUCAACUACAUACAGCCAAUGGAAGCACUCUACAUAAUAUUUGUACAGUACAUUUUUUUUGUGGUUUUACUCCAGAAAUAUAUUAUAUAUAUUAUAUAUGUAGGUAUUUUUAAACUAACUGGAAUUUUAAACAGAUGUUAAGCAGGAAUAAGGAAGCCUAAGGCAAGUUUAGAUAUUUUCCUUUGGAAUAGGCAAAAUAGGGUGGUUGGAACUUAAAAAUUCCUUCAUUCACCCGGGGGAAAAAAAAAUCUCUUGCUCCAGAAUGAGCAGGAUCAAAUCCUCCAAAAUUCUGUUUAAUUAAAUGGAGAAUUGAUUAUUUCUGCUGGUCCUUGUGCAUGAUCUGUGCUGCAAAUUAAAAAAAUUCCCAUCCAGAUUGCCCAGGCUGGGAAUUGGGGGUUUCACUCCGGCGGGAUCGAUGGCGAUUCCCAGAUUUCUGGGAAUGGAUGGAUUUAAAGGGCACUGCUGGAACAUCCUCAUUCCCCUGGGAUCUGCACGGGGACAGCAUCUCCCAGCACAGGAAAGGCAGGAAUUAAUCAGGAAUUAACAGCAUUUGGAAUCUUAUUAACUAAUUAACAGUGCAACCCCUGAGGGCGAGCAGCCACAUGGAUCCCAUUCCCUAAAAUCCCAUCGGUUCCCAGUUCCCAGCAGGAAUUCAGCCCUUCCCAGCCUCCUGCACCAGCUGGAUUUGGAAACCCAGCACUCCCAAUCCCAAAACUUCUCCUGUGCCGGGAGUUCCCCCACAAUUAAUGAGGCCCCCCCCUGCAAUUAACGCCUUCUCACUGCUCUCCUAAUGAGUUAUACCAAGUUUCUGUGUGCUUCCAGAAAUCCCGGGCUGCCGUGCUGAGGUUCCUGCAGGGUCGGGAUCUCCCCGAUCCCGGGGCGUCCCCUCACCUUUCCGUGCCAUUUGUUGACCAUUUGCACUAAAAAUGUGGAAUUUCUUUUUUUUUUUCUUGGUGUUUCCCUGUGUCUUUUUAAUUUUUAUUUCAUUUUUUUAUUUUAAUUUGAUCCUUCUCCACGCCCUUCAGAGGUUUCCCCGCAUCUCUUGGGAAUGUUUUGGGAUUUAUUUUUUUUGGCAGGGUAGGACACGUUCCUUCCUGGUGGCUGCUUGUUUCAGAUCCCUCACGCUAUUUCAGUUUAAGGAGGAGAUAAAAGCUCAAACUGGAGGAAACCUGGCAAAAAAACCAGGAGGAAUUUGGGCCCAGGUGACUCGGAGCCCUUUGCUGAAGGUCCAGGGUGAGCCUGAAACUCUUCUCGUGUGGGAAUUCCGUGUUUGUCUCCCUCUGGAAUGGCUCCCGUGGAUGUGGCAGUGCCUGUCGGUCACUCCGGGGCUGGCAUUCCUCACGGGAGCCUCCUGCCCGCGUUUUUAACUCCGUGUGUAAAUAAGAGCUCUUUGUUUCUUGGACUUGUAAGUAGACCUUGAAAAUGGCCUUAAUUUCAAGCUGACACCCCCUGGAUGCGGCUGUCGCAGUUUGGGACCCUCCAGCCCAGAGAGGUUUCAUCCCUGGGCAGCGGGAAUUGUCCCGCUGGGAAUUCUGUGUGGGACAGGAGGGGCUGCUUCUCAUCCCCCUGGAGAUCCAGGGAUUCCAGCAGCUCCCGCCUUUCCCUUCCCCCAGGGGAACCUUCCAGGUCCCCCCUCUCUCUCCUCCAAAUCCCAUUUCUGUGGCAUCAGGCCGGUCUGGAAGCGAAGCCAGAGAAAAGCGUGGAGCGGAUCCCGAGCGCUCCCAGAACAAAUAAUCUGCUUUUAUUUCAAACAGAACAACCCUGUGCUCAUUUCAGUGCAGAGAGGGAAAACCAUCACUUGGCAAAAAAACCCAAAAAAGCAGGAGGAAAGUGUUAAUUGGUGUUGUUGAUGAGUUUGGUUUGGGUGAAGCUGUGCGGUGUCUCCAGGGGUGACUGUCCCGCCCUCCCUCCGUGUGUUCCUCUCUCCAGAAGGGCCCGAGCCGCGGUUCCGGCUGUUGCGUUUGGGGCAGAGCAGGAACGAACCCUCGGCGCAUCCCCGGCUGCGACUGCUUCCUGCAGCAGCCGUGGGGAGCAGGACAGGGGUGUUCUUCACCGGGGUGUGGGUCCUGCUGUGGGACCGGGACCACGUUACACACGGUGACACACGUGUACACAGUGACACACGUACACACGGU